GCUUCUGGCGGAACACCAUUCGUCCGCAGCGGUGACUGACGUAUCGACUCUAUGACCGGAUCUACAAACUGUCUGAUUGCCAGCGGAGGAGGAGAGAUCACACACACGUGACCGGCGAGCGAGCACACUGAGCGCUGGGAUAAUAAUGACCUCAUCUUAUUUACAUGUCGGAGUUCGAAGUACAUAUAUAGAGGCCUAAUCUCCCCGGGCGUUUAUCUAUAUCCUUGGCUGGGCCAGCGAGAAGUUCGCCAAGUGCGUGACAGUGUGCACAUCUCACGCUAAGCGGAUUCCCUUUUUCUACUCUGAGGUUAUAUUGCAUUGCAGCAUCUUUCUCCCUCGUGGCAGAGGAUAAUAUUGCUUGGACUAGCCGGCCUCUAUUCGCUACCUACCAGACAGACAGGGAAACUUUUACGUGACGCACCGCUGCAACUUCUUGUGCUCGGAGUUAGUGUCUCCAAAUUGUUUAGUGCGUGUUGUGUGUGUAUUGCCUGCGGGCCCCGAGAGAGUUGUCUGCUGGCGCUUAAUUUGGAAGCGCACGAGAGAUAUCAAGAUGAAUAACGCAAUGGAAAGUUGGAUUGUAGGAACGAGCAGGAGAGCUAUGCACAUCGGAGCACUGUUGCUCCUUCUCUGUUUAACAUUAUCCUCAAGCAGGCCCACACCGACUUUCAAUGCUGCUGCUGAUGUUGUGUCAACGCGGCAAGCCCUGCCCGAAACCCAUGAGCCUUCAACUCAAAGUACUGAGCUCGCAAAGGGCGAUAUUACAAAAAACGUUGUACAUAAUACAGAAGUGAACAUCUCGGUGGUGGAAAGGAACAAUAUCAUCCUCAGCACGGUACAAACGUCUGUGGAGGACAACAGAAUAUCCACAAGAAUGAGGAGGAUGAUCGGAGAAGGAUUCCGAAAGUAUGAAUCCAAUGUGCUGAAACAGUUAUACAGCAGAACUGGUUAUUGGCUUGCAAUCUAUGACAAUGAAACAAUCCAUGGAGCAAGAAAUAGAUCAGAUCCUUACACUCACUUGCGGAUAACAACGCCGUCGUUUGGACGAGUCAAGAUCCAAGGUGUACUCAGCGGAAUGUACGUUUGCAUGAAUAGACAUGGCAAACUCUUCCCAUCGCCUGUUCACACGCACGAAUGCACAUUUGAGGAGAGAUUCUUGAAGACUUUCUACACUGUGUUCUCUUCCGAUCACCAUCCUGUUGGAGGCAAAAAGAAGUGGUACAUCGGUCUCAACUCAGACGGCAGGACAAGGCUCGGGAACAAGACAAAGAUAAGGCACCAAAUGGCGCAGUUUCUCUUGGUAUCCAUCGAAGACUCGUAGCUCCUGUAACAAUCAUCUUAAGGUGACAGGUGUAAAUCAAUGAGACGAGGAACUCUCUAUCGACGGGAAUUAUUACAGCUUUGUGGUGUGGGAAGCCAGAAUUUGAAACCUCUCGCCGGGAACAAUUUGAAAUAGAGUCUCGUGAACUCAGUGCAUUUUUGGUUUUGAAAUGAAUCCCUGCGGUGACGUCAUGACAAUGCAGAAAGACUGCCCUCAGACUGAUGACUGCACCGCCACGUAUAGGAUGAAGCACAGACCAAAGACAUAAUGCUUCAACAUUUCUGUGCCUAUCGUUAAAUCUCUCAGAGUCUCGUCUUCAAUUACUAAAUAUAUAAAUAUAUCUAUAUAACGUGCAGAAAGUAUUCCUCAUUGACGAGAGUUCGUUGUGUGCUAUACUGUCAUUUGUUUUAAAGUUAAAUAUCUUUAGUAGAUUUUAUCCAAAAUGAAAAACAAAAAAAUAUUUAACAUUGUUUCUGUGCAAAAUGUGUUACGAUUAUUACACAUUAUAAACAUAUAGACAAUGAUGACUAUCUUCUGCGAAUGUAUCUAGUUGUACCAUGCACGCAGGAGAAAGGGCACGCAUUUUUAAUGUUUUUUUUUAGAAACUUGUCACAACCGCUGUUAAUUCCCCCCUAAAAUUAAGUACUACUGGCCCUGGGAGCGAGACUUUUACCCCACAAUAACUGACAUCGCACAACUUCCAUCUUAAAUAGUGACCACAUUUCCAUCAUGAUUGGGUCCCCAACAAAAUAAGUCCAAUUCCGACAAACACAAUUUGAGACAAAGCGUAUUCGAUUUGAUUUAAGCACUUGGGAAGAAUCUUAGAUAAAUAAUGUAAGGACUUCAACAAAACGCAUUGAUGGUCUUGGGGCAUCUGAUUGAGCUUAUCAUAAGCUUCCCAUUCAUAAGGUCGUGCAGAAGUCGGACAACCAUAUAAAUGUUCUAAUCGCUGUAUGACUUGGAGACUAAUAAGGCUUAUUGUGUUGGGAUUCAAACAAGAUUUGUCGUGAAAUCGGAUGUAUUGGCUGACGAGAAUUAGUUCAAUUCCAUAUUUGGGCAUGACGACUUCCGCCGAAUUCAAUCAGUGUCUACGCAAUGAUUGCAAUAAAAAGAUUAAGUAAGACAGGACAAAUCUAAGGUGGUAUGUUCGUGAUUUAUACUUUGGUAAAAUCGGUAUAUACAACCGUCCAAUACUGGCUUGCAUGAUUACGCUUAUAUUAUACCACAUAGCUGUGUUAUACUGGUCCCCAAUGCAAAGUAAUUGACGGCAAUUUAAACACAGUUGAUCUAUUCAUACAGGAAAAAAAAACUCCGUCUGGGACAAGAAGCUGUGCCUUUUUGUUAAUGGCGGUAUCCAAUUUGGCUGGGACUGUCCUUCAGUUGCUCAGGGGAGAGUCCACCCGUUCGCGGUGUCCGAUCCCCUGUCAGUCAUUCCAAUAAGAAGGUAUUCACUAAGUUUGCACACAUCAGUCGCUUUGCCGACACACCUGGUUUAACCUCUAUGGCAUCAGCCGACCGUGAAAAAG